CCGACCUGCACGCAGCGGUUCCACCGGCCUGCGACCAUCCACUUCGCCAGCCACAUCCCAGCCGAAGAGUUCUUCACCUUUCCUUCUGCAUUCUUCGCGGACCUUUGGCCGGACUGGCUUACCUGUUCGCCCGCUCGUCGGGCAUCGAAAGUUCAGUUUUUUAGUAUCUCGGUGCGACUUCGAUGGGGUUUUUUGUGCGGGUUAUUUAGUGGUGGAGUAUUGUUGUAAGAGACACUUGUUGUUGCUUGGUUACUGGCCGGUUGUGCUCAGGUGUGAGGGCCGCCCACGCGUUCGGUGUUCCGAAGGAGAGAAGGGUUGUGUUGGAAAUUUGAAUUCCACUCAAAAAUGUCACAAUGUCUACACAAAUCAAUGGCAAAAAUGAAGCGGAUCUGAUCGAUUUCGAAGGUGUCUUAUCCAGAUUAUCCCCCGUUUCCCAACCGGAACAAUCAUGCUCGGAUCCCUCGGAAAACCUCCUGGAUACGGAACUUCCGGUUCUGGAAGAGAAAUUACAAACGGCCAGCCAACUUUCCACUCCUCUCGCUUCGUCCAGAAGGCCCAGCGCAGAUCCAGAAGACAUCCUGAUAGAUAUAGAUGAUAUUUACAGUGAUGAUGAAGAUUUCCCGGAAAUAUGUGAUAAUAACGAGGCUUUUGCUGUGUUAAAAAAUCUGGAUGAUGUACUGGACGAAGCCAUAGAAACCUCAUCCAGCACAAGCCAGGUCCAGCAAGAUAUCGACGAUUGCCUGGAAGAUCUAGAUAACUACCUGGAAAAUGUAGAUAAGAAUCUGGAUAAUAGUUCAAGCGAAGAGGACGACGAACAGCUCCGGUCCAGACUGAGA